AUGGUUGGCAUAGGAGGCGACUAUGCAGACUAUCAGUACAUGGCGAACAGGAUUGAAACAGUUUUUGGUCCUAAAGCGAUACAUUCAUGGCUCACAAACUUUCUGUACACAAGACGGUCAAAGAUGAAUCCGUUAUGGAACGUAUACAUUGUUGGCGGCUUCGAAGAUGACACCAAUGAACCGUAUCUCGGCACCGUUAAUCUUCUAGGAGUCUCUUACACGAAUCCUUAUGUAGCGACUGGCCUUGGAUCUUACCUAGUACAGGUAACGCGACAUUGCUUCUUGAGCACUGCAUGGAAAUUCUGUUCCAGCGGGACUGCCUUGCUUCUAAUAUCGUACGUUCCACAUGUUGGUCGCGUGAGUUAUAUCGCUUGUUUUCAGUACGAAAUUGGAAUAGUUAAUCAGAGUGAGUGUAAAAUCAUCAAGCCUAAGCCCGUCGUAGGUAAAUGGGAAAUCGCCCAGAUGGUCAGGUAUGUGUACAAAUAUUCGUUCUCGUGA